AUGGUAGGAUUCCCCACCAUCAAUAACAGCCAGCAACAAAUAAGAGUAGCUAUGACUCUACCAUCAAACUCAAGAGUAUAUGCUGAAGUAAAUUCGCAUAAACCGCGUGAAUAUUGGGAUUACGAAAAUUAUGUUGUCGAUUGGGCCAAUCAGGAUGAUUACCAGUUAGUAAGAAAACUAGGACGUGGAAAAUACAGUGAAGUGUUCGAGGCAAUUAAUGUCACCAACAAUGAGAAGUGCGUCGUUAAAAUUUUGAAGCCAGUAAAGAAAAAGAAAAUUAAGCGUGAAAUUAAAAUUUUGGAGAAUUUACGUGGUGGUAUGAAUAUCAUUACUUUGUUAGCUGUUGUGAAGGAUCCCGUUUCUCGAACACCUGCUCUCAUCUUUGAGCAUGUCAACAAUACAGAUUUCAAGCAAUUGUAUCAAACACUUACCGACUACGACAUUCGAUUUUACCUGUACGAACUUCUCAAGGCUUUAGAUUACUGCCAUAGUAUGGGAAUUAUGCAUCGCGAUGUGAAGCCACAUAACGUUAUGAUUGAUCACGAGAAUCGUAAGCUUCGUUUAAUCGAUUGGGGUCUCGCUGAAUUUUAUCAUCCGGGUCAAGAGUACAAUGUUCGUGUUGCUAGUCGCUACUUCAAAGGCCCCGAACUGCUCGUCGAUUAUCAAAUGUACGAUUACUCUUUAGAUAUGUGGUCACUCGGUUGUAUGUUGGCCUCAAUGAUAUUUCGCAAGGAACCAUUUUUCCAUGGACAUGAUAAUUACGACCAACUUGUUCGAAUUGCAAAAGUACUAGGUACUGAAGAGCUUUAUGCUUAUUUGGACAAAUACAACAUUGAGCUCGAUCCUCGAUUUAAUGACAUCUUAUCUCGACAUUCACGUAAACGAUGGGAGCGCUUUGUACACUCGGAAAAUCAGCAUUUGGUUUCUCCUGAAGCACUUGAUUUCUUAGAUAAGCUGCUACGUUAUGAUCACUGUGCCCGAUUGACUGCUCGCGAGGCUAUGGAUCAUCCAUAUUUUGCUGCAAUCGUUAACGGUCAAAUGCCGGUUUCAUUCAAGAACAAUCAAUAAACAAAGGACAUUUAAUUGAUUCCACCCCCCCACACACAAACAACAGCUAGCAAAGUCAUUAAAAUGAAAUUGAAAAGAAAUGAUGAGUAGAAAAAAGUCAAAAUACUUUAUCGUCGACUUUUUUUUUUAUACAACAUAAUUAAACAUAAGUAGAUACUUCAAUUUCCAAAUCUCUUUCAUCUUCCUCUAGUUUUUUGCCUUCAACCUUUUUCUUUUCAAAGACGUGUAAACCUUUUAAUAUCAUCGAUAUCUUAACUUUUAUCCUUGAAAUAAAAUGAUGAAUUUUAGGUUUAAAUAAAUUAUCUCAAAUAUGAUUUUUGUCAUCACUUAGAAUGAAAGCAUAAAUAAUGGAAAGAAAAUAUUUUUUCUUUAUUUUCUUUCAAUUCUGUUCGGAAAAACAAACAAACAUUAAAUACUGCUUUUACCAACAUACACAGAGUGAUCACUUUAAUGAGAAGAACAAGUGACACUCAUAUCAACUGAUUCUCGUUCGUAAUAUUAAACAAAACAAAAAAGAUUCCUUGAAAAUUUCUAAAGAAGUGAAAGAGAUUCUUUUUCAAUUAAAACUGUUUGUAACAAUAUUCAGCAAGGAAACAAUAUGCUAGCAAGAUAUAAAACAAAUAUAUAUAAGAGAGAAUCUUUUUAGGUAUACCUAUGUAUUUCCAGCAAAUAUCUAAUGACGUUUAAGUUAAAAAUUAUAUUAAUAUUUCUCCAUGAAACACAUUUUUAAGAAAAACUUUGAAACGAAUAAUGUGAAACCAGAAAUUUUAGUAGAAGAAAGGAAAAAAUAAAUGUUACAUACGCUAAAACAU